AUGCAGACCUCCAUUUUCUCCCUUCUAGCUGUUGCCGGCCUUGUUGCCGCCAUGCCUCAACCCGAUGGCACGCAGCCUACACCCACGGGCACCUCGCCCACAGGCACCAACGCGAGCUCGGUACCCUCGGUGACGUGCAGCCCGGGACCCACUGUCGACUACACCGUCUCAGCGGGUGACACCCUGACCAUCAUCUCCCAGAAGCUGAGCUCUGGCAUUUGCGACAUUGCGAAGCUCAACAACCUCGCCAACCCAGGCUUCAUCAACCUGGACCAGGUCCUCAAGGUCCCCACCUACCCGUGCAGCCCGGACAACACCUCCUGCCUCGCCGAGCCCUCCGACGACAAUGAGUGCGUCGAGAGCGGCGAAGCCACCCACACCAUUGUGUCGGGUGAGACCUUCUUCAUUGUUGCUUCUAGCUUGGGAUUGACGGUGGAUGCCCUCCAGGCUGCCAACCCUGGUGUCGACCCUUUGCUGUUGCAGAUUGGACAGGUCAUCAACGUCCCUGUCUGCACCUCGGAGUUGUAA